GACUGGUGAUGAAGAUAAAAAGUUGACCCUGUCUCUCUGUCGGACCUUCACAGUGUGACACCCACCGGAAGUAAACAGACAGCACCAGCAGCGUUAGCUAGGUGCAUGUUAGCAGUUAGCUGGAAGACGGUAGUGUGGUCGUGUCUCUGGUAAAUAUUCAAGUAGUGGACGGAGCAGUGAUGUCUUCGGCUCAGUAUUUGAGAGAGUUUAUCAGCGAGCGACUAACAGCUGCUGCUGAAGAGAUAUUCACAGUCUUUGAAAAAACCAUCGUCCAGUACGAAGAAGAGGUCGCUCGUCAGCGCAGACUGCUGGACACCGUUUUGAAACCUGAAAUAAAGCUACACAGGAUCGAGCUCCCACAGCAGCAUGUCUGUAAGGAGGAGGAGGUUCUCACUGACCAGCAGCUCUGUCACCAGGAGAGGAGCUCCAGUCUGGACCAAGAGGAACAAGAACCUCCACAGAUUAAAGAGGAACAGGAGGAAAUGUGCACCAGUCAGGAGGGAGAGCAGCUCGUACUGAAGCAGGAGACUGAAACCUUCAUGUUGACUCCUCAUUGUGAGGAAAGUGACCACAGAGAACCAGACGGUGAGCACCAGCUCCUCUCUCACAACUCUCCUGUAGCUGAGAGCCAAGAUCAGAACAGAAGAAAACAUUUGGAUUCAGGAUCAACAGGAAAUGAAGAACCAAACCCACAGAAGAGUUUUCAUAAAAACAGGAGUCACGGUAACAAUGUGGACAACUCUCCCAAAUCAGAGUUUAACUCUCAUACUCACACAGAGCUCCCACAGCAGCAUGUCUGUAAGGAGGAGGAGGUUCUCACUGACCAGCAGCUCUGUCUCCAGGAGAGGAACUCCAGUCUGGACCAAGAGGAACAAGAACCUCCACAGAUUAAAGAGGAACAGGAGGAAAUGUGCACCAGUCAGGAGGGAGAGCAGCUCGUACUGAAGCAGGAGACUGAAACCUGCAUGUUGACUCCUCAUUGUGAGGAAAGUGACCACAGAGAACCAGACGGUGAGCACCAGCUCCUCUUUCACAACUCUCCUGUAGCUGAGAGCCAAGAUCAGAACAAAAGAAAACAUUUGGAUUCAGGAUCAACAGGAAAUGAAGAACCAAACCCACAGAAGAGUUUUCAUGAAAACAGGAGUCACAGUAACAAUGUGGACAACUCUCCCAAAUCAGAGAUUAACUCUAAUACUCAAACAGGUAAAAAGUCUUUCAAAUGUGACACUUGUGGAAAAACUUUUGCUCGUAUGUAUAAAUUGAAAAUUCAUCUGAGAACACACACGGGUGAAAAACCUUAUUUGUGCAAAAUAUGCAGGAAAGGAUUUGUACGUAGUGAUGAAUUGCAAAUCCACCUGAGAACUCACACAGGUGAGAAACCAUAUUCUUGCCAAACAUGUACAAAACGUUUUGUAAGUAGUGGUAAUUUGAAAGUCCACAUGAUGUUUCACACUGGUGAGAAGCCAUUUUCGUGCGAUAUAUGUCAGAAAGGUUUUGUAAGUAGUGGUAAUUUGAAAGUCCACAUGAUGAUUCACACUGGUGAGAAGCCAUUUUCGUGCGAAAUAUGUCAGAAAGGUUUUGUAAUGAGUUAUGAUUUGAAGGUUCAUAUGAGAAUUCACACUGGUGAGAAGCCAUAUCCCUGCAAAAUAUGUCAGAAACGUUUUGUGAAAAGUGGUGAUUUGAAAGUUCAUACGAGAAUUCACACUGGUGAGAAGCCAUAUUCUUGCCAAACAUGUGGGGAAAGUUUUGGACGUAGUGAUCAAUUGAAACUCCACAUUAGAACUCACAGUUGAGAAGCCACAUUAUUGCGAAACAUUCAUGAAAUGUUUUGGAAGUAGUGGGAUCUUGAAAGGCCAGAUGAUGGCUCACAUGUCAGAAGCCGUACACCUGCAUUUUCUGUGGGAGAAGUUUUAGAGUUACACAAUGGAAAUUGUACAUUAGCACAACUCAUGUAGUAGAUGUAGUGGCUCUAUGAAAUGUGCCACAUAAAGAAACUUGUAUUUUAUUAACUAGAAUAUUUCUUUCAAUGCUGGUUCCUCAGACUGAUGUUCCCGAUUUGAUGUAUUACAACUAAUAAAAUCUCAUUGUAAAUUCCAA